UUCCAACCGGGCAAUGUGAAGUUUUGGACAAGCAGUGUGACAAGCUUUGCGAUUUCACAGUGGUUUGUUUCAUUGUUGAUGACACCUCGGUCAACGUGCUGCAUGUGUGCCUUUUAUUACAUUGACCCUGGUAAGCUGUUGUAAUGGCUAACUCAGAUUCAAGUAACAGUGUUGGUCAUCAGCAAAAUUCAGCCAACAAUUACCAUUCAAAAUGGAACAAUGGAUUUAAAAGAAAGAGGUUUUUACUGAGAUCUGAGGAAGUUGAUAAUGAUGUUUUAAAGGAUGACAAUCAUUUUACAAGUGUCCCUGAUCUGGUCAACAGCUCACAGGAACAUACACCAAUAUUCUGUGUCCCCAAUAGCAAUGAGGACCAGUUGCCAGACGUGGUCAGUCCUGUCACUCCAGACAAGAUACAUGAUGCUGGUUUUAAGGAAGUACAAGGUAGACAGACAAGUGGUAUAUUAAAAAGAAAUUCAUCUGAUAAAGCUUCUGACCCUAAAGUUCCAUAUAACAGAGGUGUUAGCUUUCAAAAUGCUGAAAAUUCGAAGGAUGAUAAUCCAGAUGAAGGUGAAGCAAAAAACCGACGUCGAAGUUUCAAAGAUUCGGGAUAUGGGUCUGAUGGGAGUAAGAAUAACUCCAUGGGCUCACAGAAUCAAGAGGGUGAUGUAUUUGAUGCAGAAGAACAUACGUUAAAGGUUCUCGAAGAAAAGAUGAAUUCCAACACAAAUGGUGAAAUGUUACCAAACCUUAGUAUCAUGUCGUCACUAACCCCUACCAAUUCUCUGCCCUCUUCACAGAAACAGUCAUUUCACACUUCAAGCUCACACAUUUCUGCAACAGAAGGGUCAGAUUUGCCAUGCCUCCCUGUGUUUUGUGGUGAGGAGAAUGAGGAAAGCACUGGUGGCAACUUUCCAUUAGUAAGUAUGUUAUCAAGAGAUGACCAAAAAGCUUCAUAUAACUUUGUCAAUAAAAUGAACAGUAUGCCAAGCAAUAUGAGUGCUAGUACAGGUAAUGACAGUAGUGUGUGCCUUCCCAGUGAUAUCUCCGGCAUGCCUGAUCCCAGUUAUCAAACUCCAUCCUACCUCCACGUUCGUAAAAAAUAUACAAAUGAUGGCCAGCCUUUCUCAGACAAUAUGGAGUCGCAGGCACCUAAGACCAUUGAAGAGCCACAGACAACACCUAGAUCUCCAUUUAGUAUGCUUAUACAGAUGAUACAGAAUGACCAAUCCUUAUUGGAAAAGCAUUUGCAGGACCCAGUUGAGUUCCUGAAGCUGCUGGAUACAUUCAAGAUGUCUCCAAGCUUACCUUCACCAUACCUUCCUAACCCAGGAAGACCACCAAACCAUACUGAGGUGUUGUCUGCAAGUGACCUGGAGUACAUUUCCCGCUGCAGGGAUAGUUCUUGCUCUGACACCAAGUGUAAUAAGGUGCGUGAGGCUGUAGUUGGCCUAACUCAGGCACUCACUGGUUGCUGGUCACUAGAGUGCAACUCUACCAUCCAACAGGUGGGCCAGGCAUUGUAUCAUCAUGCGCAAAAUUGUGGUCAUUCAUUGUACAAGUGUGACAUAUCCAUGUGUCACCUCUUUCGCAGUUUUACUGAUGAUAUUGAGAAAGUGUCCCAGUUCUUGCGUUGUCACAGUUUACCAUGCCUUAGUCUUGGCCAAAGGUUUACUGAGUAUCCUGCCAAGGGCGAGUUCAUACAGCUUGACAAACCUGGCUCUGAAAAUGGUGUUCCUAGUCCUGACAUGAUUCUUAUCACCACAUUUGGUAGCUAUGGAAACGUUGCCAUGUUUACAGAGGAGGAUACUAAGGUGGAAAGUAAAGACCUGAUAUUAAAACGUAUUUUGAAAAAAGAUCUUGGAAAGAAUAACUUGGUGGAGGUAUAUAGACAGAUGAACCAUGUGGGUCACCAGCACAUCGUUCCCCACUUGUGGAUCUUCAACACAGUUGAUUUUCUGUAUGUAUGUACAGAUUUCAUGUGUGGUGGCACACUGGAAGAAUACAAAGACUUGCAUAUAUUCCUGCGACCAGACGAGGCUGCAUUUAUAAUGCAGCAGUUACUUGAAGCUCUGACAUUCCUUCAUGAAAAGCAGAUCAUUUACCUAUACUGGACAGCAUCGAAUGUGCUUUUUAAGGAUACAAGUCGUAACAAGGUGUACCUAUCCAAUCUGUCCAUGUCAGUCAGCAAAAGUCAAAAAGUGGAUGUGGCCUUCUACAAGAGUUCACUGCCAGCCUGUAUUGUACCCCCUGAGCUUGUGACUUGUGAUGGUGACAUGUACCUAGAGGAGAGAUCAGAUGUAUGGGGAGCUGGUUGUCUUUAUGCUGAGAUGCUAACUGGUAAACAGAUGUGGCAAGAUUUAAGACAUUCAAGUAGAGCGGCAGUAUUCAAAGAGAUGAUGAGUAGCAUUGGUAACAUGAUGUGUGCAACAAAAGACAAAGUACCAGCCCACCUCCGAAGUCUGCUGACUGACCACUGCUGGCAGCACAAUGUGGAAAACAGGAUAACAGUGGCUGGUCUAAAGGAAAAACUCACCCAACUACAUCAACCCACAUAGUUUCAAGUCAUCUCAUCAACACUACACCAGGUUGACUUAUCAAGACAGAGUGACAUUAUCAGGUGUAGAACAUUCUGAUAACAUCACUGUAUCUGAUGAAAGUUCAUACUCUCAGCUACUUCAGCUUUAAGAAGAUAGUUUUUUUUACUUGGUUUGAACAUGUGCUGGACAUAUGGAAAGCCAUCAGAAAGAAAUGUGCCAUAUUUACUUGAUCUAAAUGCAUUUUGUUAAAUUGUUGGAUCCAUCCUUCAUGUGUUGUAAUUCAUUUUGUUAGGGAAAAAGUGGUAUUAUGUGUUGUCAUAAAGAAAUAUAUACAUAUGUAUGAUUACUGACCUUCAAUAUCAACUUUAAUUUAUAAAUGGCAUUUUAACUUGUUACUGAUACAGUCUUACUAACCAAGCAAUAGUUUUUCUGCAAAAGUAGGCAAAUGAUUCUAAUUCCCUUUUAAUAAGUUAUUUUUUUAAAAAUGCCCAUGUAAGAAGUGCCUGACCUGUCAACCGUCUUGAUGAAGAUCUGGAUCUUUGAUCGUCUACAUACUUGUACCAUCAUUAUGUUGUUAAAGGCUUUGAAUCUUGGUACAUGUAUAUAAAGUAUUUUACAAUCUGUUUUCGGUAACCUGGGCAUUCAUUGAUUGCACUUGUUUAACAAUUCUUUUGGGUGUUAUAUGUUCAUGAAUUGGCAUUGAGGUUGUGCGAUAUGACACAAGUGGAUACUAUUUUUUUUUAAAGACAAAUUGUGACCAAUAGAUUUGAAAACAUGAAUGAAAUCUUGAUUGUAAAAAUUUAAGCCUUAUAUCAAAUACUCUCAGCUGAGGUUACAAUUAACAGGUAUUCUUGUUACAUUACUUGUUGAUCCUGCUACUAAUGGAAUCUGGCACUAAUUGACAUCUGAGUAUACCAAUGUAACCCUGGUAAAAUACUAGCAGCAAAAUACCCCUUGGCUAGGGAGAACUUCUCUUAAGCUCGAUUGGUUGAGCGUCAGACUAGUAAGCCAGGGGUCCAGGGUUUGAUUCCUAGUGGAUGCAUUAAAAUAAGUAAUGACCUCUGUUACAUAGGCACCCAUGUAGGGACCCAGGAAUAAUACUUGGCCAUGCCCCACCAGCAUUGCUGUAACCCUUGGAAACUUUAGGACAAGUUAUUUCCUGGAGGGGGAGUAUGCAACCCUGGUAAAAUACUAGCUGUAAUAUACCACUCCUAGGGAGAACUUCUCUUUAGCUUGAUUGGUUGAGCAUGAGACUAGGUCCUGAGUUCGAUUCCUAGUGGAGGCAUUGAAAAAAAAAAGACCUCUGUUAUGCCAACAUCAAAAAUGGAAUUCUGUUAUAGAUUAAACAAGUGUCGCUUGAUAGAUUACACCAUGUGUUCAAUAAUGGUGUGAUAUAUAUCUUAUGAUAUUGUUUGUUACACAAUCAUGUGAUAAAGUUAUCUGUAAUUGCCUGUAUACAUGUCAUAGAUAUGUGUACCUUACCUAACUAAUUGUACACAGUAGGAAUAUGAUCCUUGUUAUGUGGUGUAUGUAGUCUGUGUACUGUUACAUAGGAGGAACAUGAUCCUGGUUAUGUUGUGUACAUAGUCUGUGUACUGUUACAUAGGUCUACAUACAUAGGAGGAAUAUGAUCCUUGUUAUGUGGUGUAUAUAGUCUGUGUACUGUUACAUAGGAGGAACAUGAUCCUGGUUAUGUUGUGUAUAUAGUCUGUGUACUGUUACAUAGGAGGAACAUGAUCCUGGUUAUGUUGUGUAUAUAGUCUGUGUACUGUUACAUAGGUCUACAUAGUCUGUGUACUGUUACAUAGGUCUACAUACAUAGGAGGAAUAUGAUCCUUGUUAUGUGGUGUAUAUAGUCUGUGUACUGUUACAUAGGAGGAACAUGAUCCUGGUUAUGUUGUGUAUAUAGUCUGUGUACUGUUACAUAGGUCUACAUACAUAGGAGGAAUAUGAUCCUGGUUAUGUGGUGUAUAUAGUCUGUGUACUGUUACAUAGGUCUACAUAGUCUGUGUACUGUUACAUAGGUCUACAUAGUCUGUGUACUGUUACAUAGGUCUACAUAGUCUGUGUACUGUUACAUAGGAGGAACAUGAUCCUGGUUAUGUUGUGUAUAUAGUCUGUGUACUGUUACAUAGGUCUACAUACAUAGGAGGAACAUGAUCCUGGUUAUGUUGUGUAUAUAGUCUGUGUACUGUUACAUAGGUCUACAUAGUCUGUGUACUGUUACAUAGGUCUACAUACAUAGGAGGAAUAUGAUCCUUGUUAUGUGGUGUAUAUAGUCUGUGUACUGUUACAUAGGAGGAACAUGAUCCUGGUUAUGUUGUGUAUAUAGUCUGUGUACUGUUACAUAGGUCUACAUACAUAGGAGGAAUAUGAUCCUGGUUAUGUGGUGUAUAUAGUCUGUGUACUGUUACAUAGGUCUACAUACAUAGGAGGAAUAUGAUCCUUGUUAUGUGGUGUAUAUAGUCUGUGUAAUGUUACAUAGGAGGAACAUGAUCCUGGUUAUGUUGUGUAUAUAGUCUGUGUACUGUUACAUAGGUCUACAUAGUCUGUGUACUGUUACAUAGGUCUACAUAGUCUGUGUACUGUUACAUAGGUCUACAUACAUAGGAGGAAUAUGAUCCUUGUUAUGUGGUGUAUAUAGUCUGUGUAAUGUUACAUAGGAGGAACAUGAUCCUGGUUAUGUUGUGUAUAUAGUCUGUGUACUGUUACAUAGGUCUACAUACAUAGGAGGAAUAUGAUCCUUGUUAUGUGGUGUAUAUAGUCUGUGUACUGUUACAUAGGAGGAACAUGAUCCUGGUUAUGUUGUGUAUAUAGUCUGUGUACUGUUACAUAGGUCUACAUACAUAGGAGGAAUAUGAUCCUGGUUAUGUGGUGUAUAUAGUCUGUGUACUGUUACAUAGGUCUACAUAGUCUGUGUACUGUUACAUAGGUCUACAUACAUAGGAGGAAUAUGAUCCUUGUUAUGUGGUGUAUAUAGUCUGUGUACUGUUACAUAGGUCUACAUACAUAGGAGGAAUAUGAUCCUUGUUAUGUGGUGUAUAUAGUCUGUGUACUGUUACAUAGGAGGAACAUGAUCCUGGUUAUGUUGUGUACAUAGUCUGUGUACUGUUACAUAGGUCUACAUACAUAGGAGGAAUAUGAUCCUUGUUAUGUGGUGUAUAUAGUCUGUGUACUGUUACAUAGGAGGAACAUGAUCCUGGUUAUGUUGUGUAUAUAGUCUGUGUACUGUUACAUAGGAGGAACAUGAUCCUGGUUAUG